GUAUCUUCCCGCGGGGCGCGGGUGGGGAGCCUGUGCACCGGCACCUGCUCCUCCCUCUUCUCGUCCAUCUUGCGGGUGAGUCCUGCGCCCACACCGCGUCUGCCGCCCCUGCCUUAGUUCCCCGGAAAGCGGCUCGCAAUGGGCCGGACCGUGGUCGUGCUGGGUGGAGGCAUCAGCGGCUUGGCCGCCAGUUACCACCUGAGCCGGGGCCCCAAGCCCCUCAAGGUGGUCCUGGUGGAGGGCAGCGAGCGUCUGGGAGGCUGGAUCCGCUCUGUACGAGGGCCGGGUGGUGCUGUCUUCGAACUUGGGCCUCGAGGAAUUCGGCCUGCAGGAGCUCUGGGAGCCCGGACCCUCCUCAUGGUUUCUGAGCUUGGCUUGGACUCAGAAGUGUUACCUGUCCGAGGAGACCAUCCAGCUGCCCAGAACAGGUUCCUGUAUGUGGGCGGUGCCCUGCAUGCCCUGCCUUCUGGCAUCAGGGGGCUACUCAGCCCUUCACCUCCCUUCUCCAAACCUCUGUUGUGGGCUGGGCUGAGGGAGCUGACCACACCCCCAGGCAAAGACCCUGAUGAGACUGUGCACAGCUUUGCAGAGCGCCGCCUUGGACCUGAGGUGGCAUCUCUGGCCAUGGACAGUCUCUGCCGUGGAGUGUUUGCAGGCAACAGCCGCGAGCUCAGCGUCCGGUCCUGCUUUCCCAGUCUCUUUCAAGCUGAGCAGACCCAUCGUUCCGUAUUACUGGGGCUGCUGCUGGGGGCAGGACAGAGCUCACAGCCAGACUCAGCACUCAUUCGCCAGGCCCGAGCUGAGCGCUGGAGUCAGUGGUCACUACGAGGAGGGCUGGAGAUGUUGCCCCAGGCGCUUAACCACCACCUGACCAGUAGUGGGGUCACUGUUCUCAGAGGCCAGCCAGUCUGUGGGCUCAGCCUCCAGACAGAAGGACACUGGAAGGUGUCUCUAGGGGACAGCUGCCUGGAAGCUGACCAUGUUAUUAGUGCUCUUCCCGCUUCAGUGCUCAGCAAGCUGCUCCCUGCUGAGGCUGCCCCUCUGGCUCGUGUCCUGAGCACCAUCACUGCUGUGUCGGUGGCUGUGGUGAACCUGCAGUACCGAGGAGCCCGUCUGCCUGUCCAGGGGUUUGGACAUUUGGUGCCAUCCUCAGAAGACCCAGCCAUCUUGGGAAUCGUGUACGACUCAGUUGCUUUCCCGGAGCAGGAUGGUAGCCCCCCUGGCCUCAGAGUGACGGUGAUGCUCGGAGGUUCCUGGUUACAGACGCUGGAAGCCAGGGGAACUGGCUUAUCCCAGGAACUGCUCCAACAGCAGGCACAGGAAGCAGCUGCCACACAGUUAGGGCUGAAGGGGCCACCGAGCCACUGCCUGGUCCACCUGCACAGGAACUGCAUCCCCCAGUAUACACUAGGCCACUGGAAGAAACUGGAGUCAGCGACCCAUUUCCUGGCUGCUAACGGGCUGCCCCUGACUCUGGCCGGAGCCUCCUAUGCGGGGGUUGCUGUCAACGACUGUAUAGAGAGUGGGCGCCAGGCAGCAGCCCGGGCCCUGGGCUUAGAACUUGAUGGGUGAUCCUCACACCCACCUCUUGUUGCCCUGCUGGCCCAGAGUCUCACCGUGACAAUAAAAGUUGCUGGAGCUUG